UUUGUUGUUGUAUUGUAUCGUGUUAUUAUUCCUGUUCUCCUAGUGUGUUCCAAGUUCCUGGUUUUUUGAUCUCCUGCCUGGUUUUCUCGUCUACGUCUGUCUAGCCGCCUGCCCUGUGAUUUAUCGCUCGUUAUUAUCGGACUAUUCUCUUGGAUCGCCUGUUACAUUCCUGUCUGCUCCUGUCACGACCCUGCCUGUAUGACCAUGUCUCUGUCUAGUCCUUCUAAUAAAAGCUCGCUUAUGGAUCCGCUCGCCUCUCGUCAAUCACUCCUUGUAACAGAACAAACCAGCACAACAGGAUCCAGCAGCUUUUCCCUCGGUCAUUCCGGUAUGGACUUUGGACUAUUGUGUGUGGGCGCGUCGCUUACUGUGGGGGUCGCGGAGGAGGAACGCGACAACGCGGUAAUGGCGGCCGCGCACCCCGCUCAUAUAAUGACGGCCGCGCCGGAGCGCGACGCCACAGAUCCGCUGGCCGCGUGGCUCACUCGGGGAAAUGCGGCCACGCUGGAGCGCGCCCGAGCCAUGACGACGGCAAUGGAUCGUAUUGCUCAAAUGGCGGCGAACGUAAUGGAUAGCAUCGCUCUAAUGGCGGCGACAGCUGUGCCCGUUCACAAAAUGGCGGCCGCGUCGGAGCGCGUCCACACAAUGGCGGCAACGGCGGAGCCCGUUCACAAGAUGGCGGCGAUCACAGAGCUCCGUCACGUCACAGCUGCCAUACAAGAGCCGUUUAAAGCUGGAGCUGUGUCAAACCAAGCUGGAGCUGUGUUUCCUGUCUCAAGCCAAGUUGCAGAGCCACCGCACAAGAUGGCCGCCACGCCAGAGCCACCGCCCAAGAUGGCCGCCACGCCAGAGCCACCGCACAAGAUGGCCGCCUCGCCAGAGCCACCGCACAAGAUGGCCGCCACGUCAGAGCCGGCUAAAGCCCCGUCAGCCAAGCCACAGCCUGCUCAGGCCGUCUCAGUCAAGCCACAGCCUGGUCACGUCAUGUUUUCUGCUCCUGAGUCGGCACCCAUCAUGGCCGGUCUUCCCGAAGCGGUUUCAGACUCAAGUCACGCCCCGUCUGGUCCCAAGUCUGCUCCAGAGAUCACGUCUGACCUCAAGUCUGCUCCAGAGGUCUCGUCCGGUCUCAAGUCUGCGCCAGAGGUCCCGCCUGAUCUCAAGCCUGAUCCUGAGCUCCUGUCUGAUCUCAAGCCUGCUCCAGAGCUCCCGUCUGACCAGGAGACAGACCCAGAGGCCUCACCAGUCGGAGAAGCCGUGCCAAUGCCUCCUGAGGUGUCAGCUUCGGCUGUGGAUCCUCCCAUGGAGGCGGCGUCCCUCUACAGACUCUCUGCUUCUCCCCAUACUCUUUCUACCUCCUCUAUCUCUGCUUUCCCCAGGUCCCAGACCGUAACGCGGGUUCCUGUUCCGCCCCGGAGGGCUGCUGCGCCUCCGGCUCCGCCCCGAAGGGCCGCUGCGCCUCCUGUUCCACCCCGGAGGGCUGCUCCGCCCCCUUCCCCUAUUCUGUCUACCUCCUCUGUCCCUGCUCUCCCCAGGUCCCAGACCAUGACGCCGGUUCCUGUUCCGCCCCGGAGGGCUGCGGCGCCUCCUGUUCCGCCCUGGAGGGUCGUUCCGCCUCGGAGGGCUUCUGCGCCUCCUGUUCUACCCUGGAGGGCGCCCGCGCCUCACGCUCUGCCUCCGGCUCCGCCCUGGAGGGCUCCUGCUCUGCUUCCGGCUCCACCCUGGAGGGUACCUGCUCUGUCGGUCCUGCCUCAAUCUCUGGGCUUCCCUCAUGGACCUGGUCCUCCAGCCCUCGCCCUGUCUCCCUCCCAUCCCACCGCUUCCCUGGACUGUUGUUUCUUUCGAGCGUCUGGAAGCCGCUCCUUGGGGGGGGGGCUAUGUCACAAACCUGGUCGGUGUUCCAUUGUCUACUCACCACCAGAUGUCACUCUCGCUCCACCCACUCACUCUGACUGUCACUUUGCAUCUUAGACUGCAUCUCCCAUCCUCCACCGCUCUGAUUGCGUCAGCCCCCGUGACCAAUCAGGCAUCCUAUAAA